UCUUGAUAUUUAGCUGCAAUGGCUUCGACUGAGAACACACACGCGCAAAAUAAUUCUUCAGCACCAUGUGUGGAAGAUGAUUUUACCCCAUCAGCACUUGGAACAAAAGAAUACUGGGACAAUGCUUACAGAAGGGAGCUCGAGACUUACAAAGACAUUGGGGAUGUUGGUGAAAUAUGGUUUGGGGAGGGAAGUAUGAGAAGAGUAAUUCAAUGGAUGCAGAAGCAAAAUAUACCUCUACAUGUGGCUAUUUUGGACAUUGGCAUGGGAAAUGGAGUCUUCCUUGUAGAACUGGCCAAGCAAGGUUUUACAAAUCUUACUGGAAUCGACUAUUCCAUUGCAUCAGUAGAGCUCACAAGAAGUAUUCUGGAAGGAGAGGACUUAACAGACAUUAAAGUUCAGGUACUACUCACAAAUAAGAGUAUUAGUAUCGGUACUAAAAGGGGACCAUCCUAUGCAAACCUCUUUGUUGAAUGCAUUGAGAAACAUUGUUUUGAGCAAUAUAUUGGACAUGUACUCUUACAAUUUCUGAGAUACACUGAUGACAUUUUUGGUAUUGCUACAUGCACAUUAGAAGACCUCAAACAUCAUUCUGUCAUUCUCCAAGUUUCGCCCAGCUUUUGAAUAUAAAUGGAGUAUAGCACAUCCUGGCAUGAAGGUGGCCUUUUUGGAUAUUUCAGUGAAGUUUUGUUUAAAUACCACCAUUUAUUAUAAACCCACAGACUCUCAUUCCUAUUUGCAGUACAGUUCUUCACAUCCCAAGGCCUGUAAAAAUUCUGUCCCUUACUCAUAUCUACUUAGACUUAAACACAUUUGCAGUGAGAAUGAAGACUUCCACCAGGAAAGCAUGGAAAUGUGUGAAUAUCUUCAAAACUGCGGGUUUCCUGAGGAAGUCAUAGAUGUCUUUGCUCGUGCUUUACCCGUUCAGAGAAUGAAUAUACUGACCUAUGAAAAGUCUGCUGUUAAGUCAACAUCAAGGGAACUCUUGUAGUCUUAUCAUACUACAAAUGAAACAGUGGCUGAUAUUAUACUUAAACACUUCAGAAUCCUCCUGGACGAUGCAGAAACCACA